GUCAACAUCCCCGCACCGAGUGCCAUCUUGAAUCGAUCCCUUCCUUCCUCCGCUGGAAAUUCUGCCGCCAUCCGAUCCAAGCACGCUUAGUAUUCCGGACUUAGGUUUUUCUAAAACUCGCCGGGCCAGAUGUCAAUGAACGGCGCCGACUUCCACCUACCCGACGAGAUUCUCUCGGUGAUUCCUACGGAUCCCUUCGAGCAGUUAGACCUCGCCCGAAAGAUCACGUCCAUGGCAAUCGCAUCCCGUGUUAGGCAGCUCGAGGCGGAGAACGGGAGCCUCCGGCGGGAUAUCGGCGAUAAGGACCAUAUUAUUAACGAGCUCCAGGACCGGGUAAACGAGCGCGAUCGCUUGUUCCAGGAGUCGGAAUCCCGCCUCAGACUAGCGCUCGAGGAAAAUAUUCGGUUGGUGAAGGAACGGGAUGCCCUUGCUUUGACUGUGAAGAAACAGAGCCGGGAUCUCACCAAGCUGGAGACGUUCAAGAGGCAACUAAUGCUAUCCUUGAAUGAUGAUAGUCCCUCUCAAUCAGAAGGAGAUUUUGGAGCCGCUGAUGUCUCUGUUGCUAGAAUAUCUGCAUGGAAAGAUCAGUCUUCCUUUAGCCGCUCUUCAUUGGAUUCUGAUAUUGGACCAUCAAAAACUGAGUCAGGAGAAGAUGCAGGUAAUAAGUUCUCGAUCACUCCAUACAUCACUCCACAACUCAGCCCAAACAGCACGCCAAGGGUCUCGUCUACUGGUGGUUCCCCUAGAAGAUUCUCUACUGCAGAUUCAUUGUCAAAGUUUUCUUCGGGUGCCACAUCUCCUACAACCUCUCGUUUUGAAGAUCAAGGUUCCAUGUCAUCAAGGUAUCCUUCAAGUCAGCAGAUCUCUGCAGCCAGCUCUCCUCCUCGUGGGAACUCUUUGCAAGGUCGAACUCCUCAAAUAGAUGGAAAAGAGUUCUUCCGUCAAGCUAGGACCCGUCUCUCUUACGAGCAGUUUGGAACUUUUUUAGCGAAUAUAAAGGAGCUCAAUGCUAACAGGAAAUCACGGCAGGAAACAUUAGCAAAGGCAGAAGAGAUUUUUGGCCCGGAGAACAAGGAUCUAUACUUAUCCUUUCAGCGUUUGCUUAAUCGUAAUGUACAGUAAAUAUUGUCUUUGCAUAUGGAUGCUUAUGGUAUUAUCAAGAAAAGGCUAUAAGGCUAUAAUCCACUGGUGCUAUCAAGCUCUGGCAGCCAUAAUUUGACUUGCCCAGGUAUAUAAAAAAAGAAUAAAAAUGAAUUUACCCUGCAUCAGUUCGAUGAAUAAAUAGAAAGCUUAGGUCUUGAAACGGUAAUACUGGUUUCAUCGAGUGCUUGUCGAUUGGAAGCUUCUUGCUGUGUUGUUUACAAGUGGACCGUGCGUCAUUGGCUAUUUUGGCUUUGUCUAUGUUGUUAAAUUGACUAAGGUUUUGUUUGGGGCGGUUUUCUUAUUGUUUUUUAUAGCAGUUUUUUAGUAUAAAAUUUAUAAUUUUUUUACUAAAAGCUACUUUAAGAAACAAUAAGAAAGUCGUCCCGAACGAAGCAUAAAUCUCAUGUAGCUUUUGUUAUAUUUUUGUUUUUAAUGGCAUAGGUAGGCCAUGCAUUCUCAUU